AUGGCUUGUUAUGAAAUGAAAUUGGAGCUGUGUGGCUAUGGUGCUGGCCAAAGAUCAUUGCCUUUGCCAGGCUGCCGUUGCUCGUUUUUCCAGUGCCUUCUUCAGUUUUUCUUUUGGAGACACUUGGUUUGGAGGGGUGACUUUUGUCUCAGCUUUAUGUACCGAACUUUCUUCAAAAGUAUAUGUGAUAAUAUUAUUCAGUUUUGUGCAAUGCUAGUAUUAUGUCCUUAUCUGUAUCUUGAAUCUAUAAUAUCACUUAUAUACUUCUUCCUCUUUGUGAAGCCCGGUUGUUCAAGUGAGCUAUCUGGAGUCGACACAACAGAAGCCCAACUAAUUCUGAUUAAGAUAACCAGUGCUGGCUUUUGGUCGCAUGUUGAUUCUGAAUCAAGCAAAAUAGAUUCUGCUGGAAUGGAUGUUGCAAAAGAUAAAAUAGAGGUUGCUAAUGUCAAUGGAGAUGAACUGACAUUUUUGGCUUCAAAGUUUUGGUGGAAUUGGAUUGGUUCAGGUGCUAGGAGGGGAAAAUUGGUGUUUAGGUUUUGGAAGACAGAUACUCAUCAAGCUGAAACCUCUACAAGUAGCCAAAAUUCUAGGCCAGUGAUUGAAGAAACUGUCAUAAAAAAUGAUAAAGAGGAGCAUAGAAAUAGUUUUACUUUGUCAGCCAAAGAGACCCUAAAAGCCGCUAUUACACAUUUUGGCAGAAAGUGGUACAGGCGGAUCUCCUUUAUUUGGAGACACACAGUGCAGAUAAUUAGAAAUUUCCAGAAGCUGUGGGAUAUUGCUGGUAUACGCCUAAAUCUUGAUAUUCCCAAAUGGAUGCAUAUCCUUCAUUUGGAGAAGUUUAACAGUAAUGCAGUGCAAUGGCUUACAAAGGCGAGCAAAUCUGAACCUACAUAUUUGUACACUACGGAAAAGGGUUAUUUCUUGUUACCUGAAAGUGCAAAGUUCCGUCAUAAUGUACGAACUGUCAAUGUUAGCAUAUCAGCUUGGCACUCAUGCUUUGGAAAUAGGUGGCAGCAACUACUCAUAAACAGAUUUGUUGGAUAUGAUACAAUUUUAAUCAACAGUUUAUUAAGUUCUCCUGGCCAAGGUUAUCUGUAUAACUACCAAACAAAAGAAUUCUAUAACCUUAGCUAUGCACAAGAACCUCCAGAAGGCCCAGCUAGGUUUGGAGACUACCUAGUAACAAAAUGCGGUGUGCUUAUGAUGUCCUUGUUUGUAUUUUUUACUACCACAAUGUCUGUAUCAUUUACAUUGAGAGAAACACAGACUCGAAUGCUGAAGUUUACAGUGCAGCUUCAACACCAUGCUCGGCAUCGCCUUCCGACAUUUCAGUUGAUCUUUGUACAUGUAAUUGAAUCACUGGUUUUUGUUCCUAUUAUGAUUGGUAUUCUGUUCUUUCUCUUUGAGUUUUAUGACGACCAGCUGCUUGCCUUCAUGGUCUUGAUUCUUGUCUGGUUGUGCGAACUCUUUACUCUCAUUAGUGUCCGAACGCCAAUUUCAAUGAAGUUCUUCCCUCGCUUCUUUUUGCUGUAUUUUCUGGUCUUUCACAUAUAUUUCUUCUCUUAUUCAUAUGGUUUUUCAUAUUUGGCUCUAUCUACUACAGCAGCUUUUAUGCAACAUCUUAUCUUGUACUUUUGGAAUCGUUUUGAGGUAAGAAAUGAUAAAUGUUGGCGUGUUACAACUUUACAAGUCCUGAGUAAAGGGCCCAGUGUCAUUGAGGCAUUGGAGAUUGGACCCUCCUUAGGUUCUUCACUUAUCAUGGUAAUGGUAUCAUUGACAUGUUUAAUCCUAAAUGAGGACCUGAAGAAGGGGAUAGGAAAUAAGGGCCAAGUACCGGCAUUGCAAAGAUUCAUGCAAAAUCGACGGUCACAUCAACAAGACUUUCACAUUACCUCAUCUACUAUUCUUGCGUCAACCUUGCACAUCACAAGAUUGAACACAAGAAACCAAGGAGUAACUAACACAGAUUCAAAUUCAGGGGUAGGGUUCAGGCCGGGCUUUGAUCCAUCGGCGCCUCAGAACAGUGCAGGAGUUGCUGAGCCUCCACGACGACCAGAAAACAAUCAAGACACCGUAGCCAACCCCGUGCAGAUUCCUGGGCAAGCUGACAUUCGACAAGCAGAAGGCGGUCCGAACCCCGGUUCCAUGAAUUCAUUCAGUUCUAUGUUAUUAUGGAUCUUAGGGGGUGCUUCAUCUGAGGGUCUCAACUCGUUUUUUUCAAUGUUCAGAGAUGUUAGAGACCAAGGACAAGUUUUUGCUGAAACUCCUCACGAUGAAAACCGUGAGAAUCAGGAUAAUGACAGAUAGUGGUAGAAUAUUAGAUUUUGAUCAUAAGUACUUGUUAAUACUUAAUAUAGGAAUAUUGUACGGCAUAUCAUAUAGGUGACUGAACUUUCUCUCUCUUUGGUCCAAAUGAAAAUAAAACUAACGAAAAAAAAAUGUGUAUAUAA